AAUAGAACGCAUCCAUGAACAUUUGAAGAUCCAAAAAACAAUAUUCUUGGUAACAAAUAUUUGAAAAAAUAUAUGUAUUUAUCGAUGUAAAAUGAUUUUAAAGUACUUUGUUUUGGCAAGAGCACUACAGGUAGUUUCGUGUAUAAGUCUUGCAAACGAAUUGAACUCAAAUGGCAAACUUUCAAUGAAUCAAAGAAAACGUCCUUAUACUUCUGAUUUAAUUGGACCAACUGUUGGUACUGAUAAAACUACAAAUGUAUAUGGAAAUUAUUUUCCAGAUGUCAUAUAUCCUACUUGUAUAUUAGAUAUCACUGAACCUUUCUACUACAUAGCCAAUGGUUAUGACGAAGUUCUUGGGCCUUUUGAUGACGAUGUAAAAUCUGCCUAUAGAUGUAUAAGUUCCAAUAAUAAGAAAACUAAAACAAAUAAUUUACCAAAAAUGUUUGAAGACGAAAAAGUACAAUGUAUGACAGUUAAGACUUCUCCACUAAGUAACAAGAAUAAUACAUGUGAACAAAACGAACAAAAAACAUUAUUGUAUAGCAAUAAAGAAUCUAAAGAUAUUUGUCGGCGGAACAAUGAUAGUAUUUGUUCAGAGGAUAUAAUAACAAGUAAUGAACGUAAUGAUACUGAAACAUAUGAAUACUGCGAAUUUAAUGACAUAUCAUUGAUAUCUUCAUUAUAUAAUGAAAGUGAAACAGAUAUUCAAAAUUGUGAUUUAAUUGAAUCUGCAGAGUAUGAAAACUUAACUGUUUGUAAUGGUUCGGAUGAAAUGACCGAAACGAAAAAAUAUUCAUUACUUCAGAACACGACAUCAGAUGACCGUCAUUUACUAAUAAAAGUUAAAAUUUAUUUUGAAUUAUCUGAAGUUCCCGGAAAAGAUAAUGUCAAUUCAACAAGAGAAAAAUUUAAUACAUUCCCUUAUGAAAUACUUGAAUAUAUUUCAAGUGGAGAAAACGAAACAUUCUUAAACAAAUGUACAAAUGAAAAUUACUCAGCAGAAGAAACAAGUGUAUUUCCAGAAGAUAUAUUAAAUAUUUUAUUAAAUAGUUCUAAUCAUACUGAUUUAGUAUUUACUGAACUUAUUACUGAACUCUUAUCAGAAUCUUCUGAAGAGAGUGAGAAUAUCUAUUCACUUUUACAAUUACUUGAAAACAAUUUAGAAAUUACAAAAAUAGAAUUACCAUUAAAUAGAACAAUAUGUAAUACUCCAGAUAACCACGUAUAUGUUGAAACCUUGAAAAUACACGUUGAACGUGAUGAAAAUUCUAUUAUUCUUGAUAAUGAUAAUACAACAACAGAACAUCUUGCGGAAGAUGUUGAAGACUACGAAGAAACCGAUGACGGGGAUUUUUUUCUAGAUUUUAUUAUAUCACUUGAUUCACAAUGUCAAAAGAAUGAUACUAUAAUUGCAGAUAAUCUUAGUGACGGCAAGCAAAAGUAUGUAGUAAUGUAUUCUGACGAAUAUUCAUCUGAGGAAGAUUAAGCAACGUCACAUUUACACAAGUAUAUAAAAAAUAUUUGAUUUCUAUGAAAAUCAUUAUUCGUUUCAAUUUGUUAAAUUUAUAUAAUGUUUAUAUAU